UAAGGAAGGUUUGCUCCUCCUCUUCCUCUCCGUCUCUCCGGUCUCCACGCCCGCCGCCGCCGCCGCCAGCAGCCAUGGCGAUUGCUUCUCUCAUCGCCUCCAGGUUCGCCAGGUCCGGCCACGCCCUCCCUGCCGCCGCGGCCGCGGCUAUCUCUCAGGCGCCCAGGGCCCAGCACGCCGCAUCUCCGCUGCUCUCCGGCUUCGGACCUCUCACUCGCGCCUUCAGCUCAAGGCCUCUAUGGAAGGGAGCGUUCGUCGACGCUUUCCUGCAAAGAAUAAAGAACAAGAGGGAGAAUCUCAACGGCAAGAAGAUCUGGUCUCGCAGGUCUUCCAUCCUGCCGGAGUUCGUCGGUUCCUCCGUGCUCAUUUACAACGGCAAGACUCAUGUCCGUUGCAAGAUCACCGAGGGGAAGGUCGGCCAUAAGCUUGGGGAGUUUGCUUUUACGCGCAGACGCAGGCCCCAUCGGGCCAUUUUGGCGAAGGGCGGUCAAGGAAAGGGGAAGAAGAAGUAAGAAAAAGGAAUGUGUGUGCGUCAAAGGUGGGUUUAGGGACGGCGGGAUGAGGGCCUAGUCGAAGCACAAGCACUUGAAUCACCUUAAUUUUCUGGACUGUGUUUCUUUCUUACAAGAAUAAUUAUAGCAGAAAGAAUGUUUAGCUCAUCUUACUUGAAGAUUUUCCAUGGACUCUGUUUGUUUACUCUGCUAGUGGUUCCAGCAUAACUCUAGAGUACAUCUAUUCACUGAAGGCAUUGCUCUUUGGCCUUACUGAGGUCUGAUGCCACAACCUGCCAAGUGUCUUUACACCUGGUUCUAUGAGUGAUUGUAAGUUUUGCUUCAAAGGUUGUUUUCAGCCAAAUAGUCAUGUGUAUCUUGCUACUGGAUUUGUUAUGACCGGGAAAUUCCUGUUGGAUAGCUACGUGCGCGUGCA